GCAGUUACGGGAGCGGAAGGACGUGUGAUCGGAAAGCUCUUGAUUGUGAUCGGCGAGGCCGGGAAGAAGGAAGAGGACUUUUUAAGUCCAAUUUGUUUUUGUUUAUUCAAUUCUUUUGGAGAAGCAUCCAUUUUUCUUUUUCUUCCAUUUCGUUUUGAUUAAUUGUCGGGUGGAAGCUCGGCCACGUGAGACCUUCAUGUCUACAUCCUCCCAAAGCAAGUCCACACCACGGCUAUACCUAUCCUAAAUCCGUAACCCUGCUUAGUCACCCUGCUUAGUUCCCUUUACUCAUUAAGAAGAAAAGAAGAAGAAAGACUGCCAUCAAAAGAAGUUGGACGCAAGAGCCAAGCUGCUACGCGCCCUAACCCACAACAACAACAACAACAACAACUUGUUGGAUAAAUCGCAGGCUUUUAUAGAUACAUUUUAUAUGAAUACUUGCAUGUUUGGCUGAAGCUGUCCUCAGAAAUGGCAGAAGGUGCUGUGGUGGUGAGUGCUCAGAAGAACAGGAAGGUCAUUACUGGAGGCAUCCGAACAGCCAAUAAAAUACCAGAGAGCAUUCUGAAUGAUGCAGAGCUGAAUGAUGCAAUCAAAGUCCUGCCUCAAAACUAUAAUUUUGAAAUCCAUAAAACAGUAUGGAAGAUCAAGCAGCUGGAUGCGAAAUGUGUGGCUCUGCAAUUUCCAGAGGGCCUGCUGGUGUUCUCUCUGACGAUCGCCGACAUUCUGGAGCGGUUCACUGGCGCCGAGACGCUGGUCAUGGGUGACGUCACGUACGGGGCGUGCUGCGUGGACGACUUCAGCGCCCGGGCGCUGGGAGCCGACCUGAUGGUCCACUACGGACAUAGCUGUUUGAUUCCGGUCGACCAAACAUCAAUCAAGAUGUUGUACGUUUUCGUCGACAUCAAGAUCGAUGCCGUUCAUUUCAUUGAGACGCUGAAAUACAAUUUCAAGGCCGACCGCCGUCUGGCUCUGGUCAGCACCGUUCAGUUUGUGGCCACCCUGCAGUCGGUGGCUGCCGAGCUGCGGACGGACGGCUACCAGGUCACCGUGCCGCAGAUCCGCCCACUCUCGCCCGGAGAGAUCCUGGGCUGCACUUCUCCGCGGCUGCAGGAGAUCGACGACCUCGUCUACCUCGGUGACGGCAGGUUCCACCUGGAGAGCGCCAUGAUCGCCAACCCCAGCGUCACAUUCUACAGGUACGACCCGUACAGCAAGGUGUUCAGCCAAGAGUACUACGACCAGCCGCGCAUGGUGGCGGCCAGGGAGGCGGCGGUGACACGCGCCGGCUCGGCGGCCACCUUUGGCGUCAUUCUGGGCACGCUGGGCCGACAGGGCAGUCCGCGCGUGAUGCAGCACCUGCAGGACCGUCUGAAGGAGCGCGGCGCCCGCCAGGUGACCGUUCUCCUCUCGGAGGUGUUUCCCGACAAGCUGCGACUGAUGCCGCAGGUGGACGCCUGGAUGCAGACGUCCUGUCCGCGCCUCUCCAUAGACUGGGGCACGGCGUUCGACCGGCCGCUGCUGACUCCCUACGAGGCUAGCGUGGUCCUAAACCAGGUGGCCUGGCGCGGCCUGCAGUACCCCAUGGACUUUUACGCGGCCGACAGCCUGGGCCCGUGGACGCCCAACCACCGUCCGCCGCGGCCGGGCGGGACGGCAGAGAGACGGGCCCGGCACCGGCCGGCGGCCCCGGCUGUCACCGACACCGCCCCCGCGCCGGCCGGCUGCACCAACUGCGGCUCGUGUGAGUGUAAAAAGGACGGCCGGUGAGCGCGGAGAAACGGAAUGGUGAUAGGUGAUCAGCUCAGCGGGUAUAUUGUUGCUGAAAAGGAGCGCUGAAAGUAUUUAUAUUUGUAUUUUUGCAGUGCUUUAUACUGAAAUACAAGACAAUAGACUUUA